AUGCCGCUCGCUGCCCGCGCUCCUGUUUGGAUCGUCGCCGGUAUCGACUGAGACGAGCUCCGACCAGCAAGUCUGCCCUGAUCUUGCCGCCCGCUCCGUGCCAUGGCCGAUCAUCAACUCUCCACUAUUGCCUGCGAAACAGCCCUCCAGCUCUACUCCCGACACCGGCGUCAGAUCCAACAGCAUGAGCCCGUCAUCUCCCGAUCAGACCGUCUUCUGCUUGGAUCGCUCCUCUCGCACCAACGCAUGCAAGCGUCCUCGUCGUUGCCCCUGGAUUUUGAGUUGCUGCCUGGCCAGAUGUGUGAUCUGGUCGGAAUCCCUGGAUGCGGCUCGGUCGAGACUCUGCUGGCGAUCCUGGCUUUAGCGCUGCUGCCGAAGUGCUUGGUCCGACCUUCAUUCCACCCACUCCCUCCAAGAUGGGUUGGAGGGCGAGGGCAGCGAGUGGUUCUGCUCAGCAGCGGAUCAUCAUGGAGCAUGACCCAGCUCAAGGCUCUUAUGAGAGCUGCUCUUCAAGACCCUCCAGUAUCGGCAGCCGUCAACUCGUCCAAACCGCACUCAGCAGCUGCUUAUAAUUCAUCUGCAGCAGCGCUUCGAUCAUACCCAGCGGCUUCGGCGGCGUCUCCGACACCGUUCGGCUCGCAUCCGUUUUCCCAGUCGCGGCUGACCCCAGACGAGAUCGAGCAAGUCCUGACCGAAUCGCUCGGCCGACUCACCAUCCUCCGUCCAUCAUCGCCGCUGUCGUUACUUGGGGCGUUGAGACAGACAGGUGACAUUGUCGAAUCGCACCUGGACUCGGAUCUCUCACAGUAUCUGCAAGGCAGCGAUGGGGACGACAGCAGCAGCGGAGAUAGUCGCCAUGGCCUUGUGGUGAUCGACAGCCCGUCGUCGUUCUACUGGCUCGAGCGAUCCGAGGAAUGGGUUCUUGGCCAUUCACAGACCGGCAGCUACCAGCGGGCAUUCGCCCGGGCCACCAAGGCACUCAUGGACGAACAUCAGUUGGCGAUUCUGCUCCAUCGCUGGGAACUGUUCCGGAAGCGGCAGGAGGGGCCGGCACCAACAGCAGGCUCUCCAUCGGCGCUGCAACUCUCGGGCUCUCCGCCAGCGAUACUGCUAUCCCCUGGUGGGAAUCCGGUUGCUUGGGCCCAGAUGGUGCGGCAUGUGUUGGAGUUUCGGGACCGUAGCGGGUCGUCAGUCAUUUACACUGCUCAUGAAACAAAACAGGCGUCCCGUUGAGGUCCAUGGUCGAUUGCUCGAUUAUGAAUAUACGCAUCUCCACCG